UGUCCCUUGACCAGUCUCUUUCCCCUUGGGGUGCCUCUGGUGUGGCUGCAAGAAGGUCCUCCCUGGUGCAUCAUGUGGCAGAUGGGCUCAGGGUGCAUUGCAGCAGGUGGCCUCUGGUUGGCUCUUCUCCACACUCGCAUGUCGGGGACCCCACCAUUGAUUCCCAUGGCUGGUCUCUAGAUAUGUGCUUGAGGCCCCAGUGUCGGCCUUUCUUGGUACUUCCGUGUUCAGUGUGACCCAUGAAGGGGAAGGGGGAAAUCUUGGAGGUAGAGAAGGUCUCUGGCUUCCAUCCUUGAUCUUUCUCUUCUUUCUUCACCAGGGAAGUGAGGACUCUUUGGAGCGACCUCUUGGAUGCAGUAAGGAAACCAAUAACACAGGGAGAAGAAACCCUCUCGAGGCGAUGAUCUUGCUGAAUUCUUGACUUCACUUACAGAUAACAAAGGAAUAAAGAAGUCAAGUCUCAGUAUUGGAAUUAAACACCUGUAUCAUUCUUGACAUGGAGGAGAAAGCGUCUAAAUGCCUGGAGUGUGGAAAGAGCUUCACUUGGAGGAAUAAUCUCCAGCGACAUGUAAAGACUCACACUGGGGAGAAACCCUAUAAAUGCCUGGAGUGCGGACAGAGCUUCAUUCAGAGUUCAAGUCUACGUAGGCAUCAAAGGACUCACACUGGAGAGAAACCCUAUACAUGCCUGGAGUGUGGACAGAGCUUUGCUCAGAUUUCAGGUCUACGUGCACAUGAAAGGACACACAUUGGGGAGAAACCCUAUAAAUGCCUGGAGUGUGGACAGAGCUUUGCUUGUCGUUCACAUCUACAUUCACAUGAAAGGACUCACACUGGGGAGAAACCCUAUAAAUGCCUGGAAUGUGGACAGAGCUUCACUGAGAGUGGCCAUCUACAUAGACAUCAAAAGACUCACACUGGCGAGAAACCUUAUAAAUGUCUGGAAUGUGGUCAGAGCUUCACUCAGAGUUCAAAUCUACGUAAACAUCAAAGGAUUCACACUGGGGAGAAACCCUAUACAUGCCUGGAGUGUGGACAGAGCUUCAUUCAGAGUUCACAUCUACGUUCACAUGAAAGGACUCACACUGGGGAGAAACCCUAUAAAUGCCUGGAAUGUGGUCAAACCUUCACUCAUAGUUCGAAUUUACGUACACAUCAAAGGAUUCACACUGGGGAGAAACCCUAUUCCUGCCUGGAGUGUGGACAGACUUUCACUCAUAAUUCCAGUCUACAUAGACAUCAAAGGACUCACACUCGGGAGAAAUCCUAUACGUGCCUGGAGUGUGGACAGAGGUUCACUCAUAGUUCAGAUCUACGUACACAUCAAAGGAUUCACAUUGGGGAGAAACCUUAUAAAUGCCUGGAAUGUGGUCAAACCUUCAAUCAUAGUUCGAAUUUACGUACACAUCAAAGGAUUCACACUGGGGAGAAACCCUAUUCCUGCCUGGAGUGUGGAAAGACUUUUGCUCAUAGUUCAAGUCUACGUAGGCAUCAAAGGACUCACACUGGGGAGAAACCCCAUAAAUGCCUCGAAUGUGGUCAGAGUUUUACUCAGAGUUCAAAUCUACGUACACAUCAAAGGAUUCACACUGGGGAAAAACCCUAUAAAUGCCAGGAAUGUGGACAGAGCUUUGCUCAGAUUUCAGGUCUAUGUGCACAUGAAAGGACACACACUGGGGAGAAACCUUAUAAAUGCCUGGAAUGUGGACAGAGCUUCACUCGUCAGGAAUGUGAACAAAGCUUUGCUCAGAUUUCAUGUCUACGUUCACAUGAAAGGACACACACUGGGGAGAAACCUUAUAAAUGCCUGGAAUGUGGACAGAGCUUCACUCAGAGUUCAAAUCUACGUACACAUCAAAGGAUUCACACUGGGGAGAAACCCUAUUCCUGCGUGGAAUGUGGACAGAGCUUUGCUCAUAGUUCACAUCUACAUCGACAUCAAAGGACUCACACUGUACAGAAACCCCAUAAAUGCCUCGAAUGUGGUCAGAGUUUUACUCAGAGUUUAUAUCUACGUACACAUCAAAGGAUUCACACUGGGGAAAAACCCUAUAAAUGCCAGGAAUGUGGACAGAGCUUUGCUCAGAUUUCAGGUCUACGUUCACAUGAAAGGACACAUACUGGGGAGAAACCUUAUAAAUGCCUGGAUUGUGGACAGAGCUUCACUUGGUGUUCAAAUCUACAUGCACAUCAAAGGAUUCACACUGGGGAGAAACCCUAUAAAUGCCAGGAAUGUGGACAGAGCUUCACUAAGAGUUCAAAUCUACGUACACAUCAAAGGAUUCACACUGGGGAGAAACCCUAUAAUUGCCAGGAAUGUGGACAGAGCUUUGCUCAGAUUUCAGGUCUACAUGCACAUGAAAGGACACAUACUGGGGAGAAACCUUAUAAAUGCCUGGACUGUGGACAUAGCUUUGCUGAUAGUUCACAUCUACGUAGGCAUCAAAUGACUCACACUGGGCAGAAACCCUUUAAUUGCCAGGAAUGUGGACAGAGCUUUGCUCAGAUUUCAGGUCUACGUAGACAUGAAAGGACACACACUGGGGAGAAGCCCUAUACAUGCCUGGAAUGUGGACAGAGCUUUGCUCAGAUUUCAGGUCUACGUGCACAUGAAAGGAAACACACUGGGGAGAAACCCUAUAAAUGCAUGGAAUGUGGACAGAGCUUUGCUGAUCGUUCACAUCUACGUAGGCAUCAAAUGACUCACACUGGGCAGAAACCCUAUAAUUGCCAGGAAUGUGGUCAGAGCUUCACUCAGAGUUCAAAUCUACGUACACAUCAAAGGAUUCACACUGGGGAGAAACCCUAUAAAUGCCAGGAAUGUGGUCAGAAAACUUUGCUUGUAAUUCAAGUCUACGUUCACAUGAAAGGACACACACUGGGGAGAAACCUUAUAAAUGCCAGGAAUGUGGACAAAGCUUUGCUCAUAGUUCAGGUCUACGUAAACAUGAAAGGAAACACACUGGGGAGAAACCCUAUAAAUGACUGGAAUGUGGAUAGAGCUUCAUUCAUAGUUCAGGUCUUCGUUCACAUCAAACGACUCACACUGGAGAAAAACCCUGUACAUGCAUGGAGUGUGGAAAGACCUUUGCUUAUAGUUCAGGUCUACGUUCCCAUCUUGGAGGAGAUGACAUGGGACAUCCAAUCCUGCGAUGAUUUUAUAAGCUUCAUGUGCUUUUAUGGAUUUGACCAAUUUUUAAAAAUAUUAAUGAUGUUCAAUACAGUUUUAAUAUUUGUAUAUUUUAAGUUGUAUUGUGACGCUUUUGAUUUGUGAGCCGCUUUGAGUGUCCAAAUGGAGAGAAAAAGUGGGAAAUAAAUAAAUAUAAUAACGAUAAUCCCCUGCCAUGCAGGAAAAGCACAAUCCAGGUUUUCCUGAGAGAUGGCACGUGGAAAGAGCGUCCCUGAGAGUUGACGUCUCCAUAGACAUAGAAUUCCCAUUGGAGGGAAGUGUGGUCAUUGAUCCCAGAGAGACUCUAAGGCAGAGCUUUCCAAACGUUUCAUGUUGGUGUCAUGUUUUAGACACACAUCCUUUCGUGACACUGUAAUUCAGUUUAAGUAGUCAGACUAUGUUUCUCUUUUUUCUUAAUGAAAUGCAUGUUUACGAAAAGGGGAUUCGGAAGGGCGAAAUCUCCUACUGGAAAGGCAGAUGGAGCUGGGGUUUAAGGCAGUGAUGGGCAACCAUUUAUUUAUUUAUUUAUUUAUUUGUAGUGCUUCUAUGUCAGGAUCCUGUUUCCAGGCCCUUGGUUUUGGCACUGAAAACUAGGGUCCUGACGUUUUGGCACUGAAAACUAGGGUCCCUGAUAAGCUGGCGACCUUGGAAGGAGACAGUUGGCUGUUGGUGGGAACAUUGCGCAGGGUUUUGGCUUGGCGGGAACUAUUAUUUCAAAUGUGGGUGUGUGUGUAUAUAAGGAGUCACCAGCCACUGCUGGUCAAUCUCGGCUUUCUGUAUGUUCAUGUGUCCAGUAGUAAAGUUCUUUGCUGAUAA